AUGGAUCGCCUCUCCCUCCUCCUGUCCUCCAUUCUGGUUUGUUUCUUCUGUCUUCAGCAGUGCGCCGCAGAGGAAGGUCCAGUGAUCAGGGAGGUGGUUUCCGAAUCCGGUGGCGCUCCGGUAGCGGAUGAGGCCCUGCUGAACGCUGAGGGGCAUUUCGCCGCCUUCCUGAAGACGUACGCCAAGGCGUACGCCACGCCGGAGGAGCACAGCUACCGCUUCUCCGUCUUCAGCGACAACCUUCGCCGGGCGCGGCGGCACCAGCUGCUGGACCCCUCUGCCCUCCACGGGGUCACCCCGUUCUCCGACCUCACGCAGGAGGAGUUUGAAAAGGGGUAUCUUGGUCUCCACCGGCGCCGCCCUGCACUGUUCUCUGUGGCGGCAUCCGGGAACGCGCACGAGGCUCCUAUCCUCCCCACGAUCGACCUCCCUGAGGAGUUCGACUGGAGGCAGCGCGGGGCCGUAACUCCCGUCAAGAACCAGGUUGGUGCUGGAUGAUCUAUUCCCGAUGAGCUAAUCCAUCCUUUCUUCUACUCUACAUUAGAAACGUGUUCCUUACAGCUACUUAUAGCCGUGUUACUACGCCUAUCGUAGGGUAUCUGUGGAUCGUGCUGGUCCUUUAGCGCGGCGGGAGCCCUGGAAGGGGCCAAUUUCGUGGCCACCGGCAACCUCGAGAGCCUCAGCGAACAACAGCUAGUUGAUUGUGACCACGAGGUACAAUUAGUACUAUGUUUAUGCGCUUCUUACUUGUGUCACCUUUAAGAUUUUCGGAUGCUUCCUCGAUGUUCUUUUGGCAUUUCGGAGUUCAGGAAGCUCAAAGAAUUAUUAUAAGCCGACAGGCGUCAGGUAAUUAUUGCCGAAUCCAUGGAUGCAGGAAGCUUUAUGAGUGUAUACCGAUGGAGACGAAAUAUAUGUACAUCUUCCGUUGAGCUAGUAUCCAUUAAAUAAUAUUUAGAACAUAUAUGAUCAGGUCCUUUCAUCGAUUUUUCUUCUUCUUCUUUGCAGUGUGAUCCAACGGAACCCCGCGCCUGUGACUCUGGUUGCAAUGGUGGACUCAUGACAACGGCUUUUGAGUAUUUAAUAAAAGCUGGUGGGCUACAGCGAGAGAUAGAUUAUCCUUACACGGGAACAGACCGUGGCACCUGCAAAUUCGACAAGAGCAAGAUUGCUGCCGCUGUAUCGAAUUUCAGUGUUGUAUCUGUGGAUGAAGAACAAAUAGCGGCCAACCUUGUGAAACAUGGACCUCUUGCGGGUAAAGGGCAGAGUUUCAGAAAAGAAAUCUUGCCAACAUCUUUUCUUACCCUUUGAAUCAUAGUUUUCUUAGUUCGAGCUGAAUUGAGAUGCUGUUUUAGUAGAAGCCACAAUUUUUUUGUGCCAUCACCACCAUCUAACGUACCCGUACCCAGUAGAAUGCCAUCAUGCGGCUGAGACAGAGGCAUGACCGAUGCUAAUGUUCACAUGGGUGGCUAGAAGGACCAAAACUCUGAAGACCCACCCACCAUUCUAGUGUUGAUGACUCUUACAUGCUUUAUGUUUUGAGUAUUCAUCUGUCAAAAAAAAUAAAUCAAUAUAAAAAUAACACUACCUAACUGCAUCUUUAUGUUGAAAUAGGAAAGCAUUAAUCAACAAGCUUAACCUUCUGAUAGAUCCACACAGGCCCCGUGUGGCCAGUUUCCAUGUCUAGGGACAUCCCCAUUCAGCAUCAAUUUCUGUCUCAAUUUUAUUCUGUUCGCACAGCAAUUAGACAGCCAAGAUUGAUCAUUUUCGUCUGCUUAUAGACUGACCUACAGUCAUUUUCCUCUUUUUUUUUUUCAUGGGUGCAGUUGGUAUCAAUGCAAUCUUUAUGCAGACGUACAUUGGUGGCGUCUCGUGCCCUUACGUAUGCGGAAAACACUUGGACCACGGCGUGCUGCUCGUUGGGUAUGGUUCAGCUGGCUACUCACCCAUACGUUUGAAGGAGAAACCGUUCUGGAUUGUGAAGAACUCCUGGGGAGAAAGCUGGGGAGAGAAAGGCUACUACAGGAUCUGCAGGGGUCGCAAUGUGUGCGGGAUCGACUCCAUGGUCUCCACUGUGUCUGCGAUCCACUCUCAUUGA